AUUUGCUCACGUUCAGUUGUGAAGCAACCAUAGAUCGAAUUCCGUUCUUGUUUGUCAAGUUUACUUUCGAAAAACAAGCUAUAUCAUAAUAUGGCGUUGGUACUGAAAAAAAUUUAUACAGGAUAUCAUUGGCUUAUUUAUGAAAAUACUGAUCCCAGGGCUGAAAACUACAUAGAAACUUCUGUUUCAUUUCUUGUGGGAUUCAUUUUUCUUUAUCAUUCCGUAAUCAGGUACAUCGGACCCAAACUGAUGAAGGAGAGAAAGCCUUUCAAUAUUACGAAUAUUCUGAUGAUAUAUAAUGUUCUGCAAAUUUUGGUGAAUGUAUGGUUCAUGAUCAAGCAUUCCUACAUAUUUCGAAAAAUUCAUCAUGAAUGCAUACCAAUAGACUUUUCUACGAAUGAACAAUCGUUACUGGAAUUAUCAGCUGUUCGACAUUUCUUUUGGUUGAAAAUGUUUGAUUGCUUGGAAACGGUAUUUUUUGUCCUCCGCAAAAGUUUUCGACAAGUGUCAUUCCUUCAUUUAUACCACCAUUCUGGGAUGGUUAUUGCUCUAUGGCUUGCAACAAGAUCAUAUGGUGGAGGACACUCUUUAAUUAUAGGGGCUUUGAAUACUAUUGUACACGCUGUAAUGUUCUUCUACUAUCUUCUAACGAGUAUUGAUCCUUCUUGGAAAAAAAGUAUAGCGUUCAAGCGUAGUUUGACCCAAAUGCAAAUAGUACAGUUUUUGUAUAUUAUAUUCUCCUUUGGGCGUAUCCUCAUCACUCCUGAAUGCCCAUAUCCAAAGUUACCUUGUUACUUGGUUACCUGUCAAGGCUUUUUCAUGAUUACUUUGUUCGCCGAUUUUUAUUGGAAAACCUACAUAUCAACGAGCAAGAAGGAGAGAAAAUGAGAGAUUGAUGACUGAUGUGUUCCAGAUGUUUCAAGGACUACCAGAGGUUUCCUUGAAUAAUUUAUUUGUAACGUUACGUUGAAUGAAAUAGCAGGUUUCCAUUUUGUGCAAGAUUGUACACCAAAUUGGUGAAUUUUAUGCGAAUUUUUUUUCAUAGAGUCAUAGAAUCAGUUUAUGAAAUAAAACUGUAUGCUAUUUUGAGUAAAA